AUGGCACCGCUAAGAACACCAAAGAAUAAGAAACAAACGCAUAAUGCAUCUACGCCAACAGGCACGCCGACAGGCGACGAUGAGAUGGGCCCAACAAGUCCGUCCGGAGAAUUGCGACCUCCGAUGGUCUCGCAAACCUCCGAAACCUACGAGAAGGCACAAGAAGAUGAACGCGAAGUCUUGAAGGCUGUGUUCAUGGACGACUACGAAGAAUCAGAGGCCAAAGGCGCAUGGAGCAAAACAACCGAUCGCGUAUUGCGUCUGAAGCUGUCGUCCUUCUCCAAUGAGAAGAUUUCCAUCACACUUUGUGCUAAACUCACGGCUACUUACCCCAAAACGCUACCUGAACUUACCAUAGAAGACGGCGGCAGUCUAAGGAAAAGUACUUGGGAUAGGCUCUAUGGCCUGCUUAAGAGCCGACCUCGCGAACUAGUAGGCGAGGUGAUGAUCUACGAUAUCGCGACGGCUAUCCAAGAAAUACUCGAGGACGAAAUUGCAGUUCGCGAGACGGACGGCACUUAUGAGAACCUGGAUGCUGAGCGAGCAGUACAAGAAGCAGCUGCAGUCGAGCAAUUAAAACAGCAAGAGGAAGAGUUACAGAAGAGGCGAGACGAAGAGAAGGCCGAGGAAGAGCGCCUUUUGCAGCAGAUGGUAGGGGAUGAAAUGCGGCGAAAAGACUUGAUGGCAAAGCGCAAGAAGCACCGUGUAUCCGCCAUCACUCCGCCUUCGUACUUUCCCAGCGGCGAGAAUGUCAACUACAUUUCUUUCGACAGAACCAUCAUCAUUCAGCACGAAGACACCACAAUCCAGUGCAACGGAGUUGAGAACCCACUUCCUUUCCGUUCUGGCCCUCUGACAGAGCAAUUACUGGUCAAACCGGCGGGGAGUUCGGCAGCGCUCACGCUAGUACUCAAGCGGGCUCGAGUAGGAGGUGGAAAUGCUGCCGCUGGCCCUGAGUUGAAGAAGGCCAUCAUGGGAUUCGAAGACGAGAUGGAGGAGAUUAAACGGUUACGACAAGGCUCCAUCUUGGCCGUACUGGACUUCAAAGUUGAGCAUCUCCCCGACUCCGGAUGGGAGAUCAGUGUCCUCAUGGAACACGCUGAUAAAGGGUCCCUAGGCGAGCGACUUGCCGAUGAUGGACCAUUGCCGGUCGCGCGGGUUCGUUCCUGGACCAUUGAGCUCUUGGAAGCACUAGACUUCUACCAUCGCAAUGGAAUAGUUCACAAGCGUGUUCAUCCUCACAACAUCUUAUUCAAAAGAUCUUCUGGUGGUAGUAUCACAGUGCUUCUGGCCGAUGCUAGCUUCCAAGGCUCUCUAUACCACCUGCAAAGCUUAUGUCAAGACGUACAACCGACGAAGCCCCUGCGAUCGUUCUACUGGAUAGCACCUGAGCUCUCGCAGGAUACCCAUCAUACUCGCAAGACUGAUGUAUGGGAUUUAGGAGUCACCUUCCUUCAGAUGCUGUUCGGGUUCGAUGCACCUGGAAAAUACAACUCGCCUAAAGAGUUAUCCGAUAUCCUUGGCUGCUCGGAACCGUUACAAGAGGUCUUGCGUAAGUUCUUCAAGCCUGAUCCUAAGAAGCGACCGUCCGCCUUCGACCUCAUUCCGUGCGAAUUUUUGCGCGACGAGGUAGAUAUAUACGAGCGACCCUCCACGCCUGUGCGAUCCAGGAAUUCAUCGACUUCGUUGGGUCGUUAUAGGCUACGACGAGAGUCUUCGUCCGGUGUUGUUCCAUCGUAUUCAAGAUACGCCAAUGAUUGGGUCGAACAAGGUCGCCUAGGCAAGGGUGGGUACGGUGAAGUCGUGAAAGCCCGUAACAAAGUCGAUGGUCGGCUUUACGCCAUCAAAAAGAUCAAGCAGAAGUCCGCGGCAGCACUAAGUGAAGUCCUUUCAGAAGUCAUGCUGCUAUCACGGCUCAAUCAUAGCUGUGUGGUACGUUACUACACUGCGUGGCCAGAAGCUGAAGCGGACGACUACGACUCGGCAACAUCGGAUGGAGAUGAGUCUGACUGGGAAUCGGACGUCUCUCCAGGUACAACCACAACUGACGGUGGCGGCCAUGGAAAGAGCGGUGGUGGGCUAGAUUUUAUUAGCUCCAGUGGAUAUCCUAAAAUCGAGUUCGGGUCCGAUGAUGAGUCGGAAGACGAUGUUGGUGCAGUGAUCUUUGGGUCCGAUUCUGAAGAUGAAGCUAGUCUGGGAUCCCUCUCGCCGGCAGUGAAGAAACGCGCCAUGUCUGACUUAAUGCCUGCAAGGCCGUCGAGGUCAAUUCUGUAUAUUCAGAUGGAGUUUUGCGAGAAGCAGACACUUCGGGAUUUGAUUCGCACAGGUUUAUACGACGAUCCAGAUGAAUACUGGAGAUUGUUCCGGCAAAUCCUCGAAGGACUCGCUCACAUCCAUGGUCAUGGUAUCAUACACCGUGAUCUCAAACCCGACAACGUCUUCAUUGAUAUGGCCAAGGUCCCUAAGAUUGGUGAUUUCGGCCUAGCUACUAGUGGACAAUAUCAGAGACCCGAUACGAAGUCCUCCAACGGUGCAGAGGAUGGUGGCGACAUGACAAGAAGUGUAGGCACUGCUCUUUACGUUGCUCCCGAGCUGAGUUCUAGCGUUACUGGCGACUACAACAACAAGGUGGAUAUGUACUCUAUGGGCAUCAUCUUUUUUGAGAUGUGUUUUCCUUUGAGGACUGCCAUGGAGCGGGACAAGGUCAUUCGAACGUUGCGUGAGCGAAAACAUGAUCUUCCGCAAGAAUUUGAAACACCCGAAAAGUCGUUGCAAGGUGGCAUCAUCAAGUCUCUUAUCAGCCAUCGCCCUUCGGAAAGGCCAGGAUGCACUGAGCUCUUGAGAAGCGGCAAGGUACCUGCUCAGAUGGAGGACGAGGCCGUUAAGGAAGCUCUCAAAGCUCUUUCAGAUCGCAACUCGCCACAUUACGCGAAGAUGAUGGCUGCCCUGUUUUCACAAAAGCCUGAUACGCAAGCGAAAGACCAUGCUUGGGACCUCAGUGCGACUACCCAGACGAUAAAAGCCAACGAAGUGCUUCUACAGAAUCUUGUCAGGGACAGAUUAGCCAUGGUAUUCCGGAGCCAUGGUGCUGUUGAAAUACAACGUCAGGUAUUACUACCCUGGUCUGAUCAUUAUGCCGACAGCAACGUCGUAAAGCUUUUCGACCCUUCUGGAACCCUGGUCCAGCUACCCUACGAUUUGACUCUGCCUUAUGCACGUAGCAUCGGUCGAGGCGGAGUCUUCUUGGAGAAGACAUUCACGAUCGGUCACGUCUACCGUGAUAACUACACCGGAAGCGCUCCACGUAGUAACGGCGAGGCGGACUUUGAUAUAUUGUCUUAUGAUACGCUCGAUCUCACACUGAAGGAGGCAGAGGUUCUCAAGGUUGUUGAUGAGAUCAUCGAUGAGUUUCCUUCGUUCCGGUCAACGCAGAUGUGCUUCCACCUUAAUCACGCCGAUUUGUUGGACAUGAUCAUGGACUUCUGCAGAAUCAGCGUCCCAAAGCGAGCAGCGGCCAAGGCGGCUCUUAGUAAGCUGAACAUCGGGAAGAACAAUUGGCAGUUAAUUCGCAACGAACUACGAUCUUCCGAUAUUGGCAUCCCAUCGACUUCACUAGACGACCUUGCACGUUUCGAUUGGCGUGACACACCAGAGAAGGCUUUUGCAAAGCUGAGGCGACUAUUUGAAGGCACGAAGUACCUCGAACGAACUCACGUCAUCUUUGCACACCUCAGUUCUGUUAUCAAUUAUAUGAAGCUGUGGAAUGUAAAGCGCAAAGUUUACGUCAGCGUGCUGAGCAGCUUCAACGAGAAGUUCUACUCUGGUGGCAUUCUCUUCCAAUGUCUUUUCGACACAAAACAGAAAGAGGUGCUUGCUGCAGGCGGACGGUACGACAAGCUGAUCGAGGAAUACCGUCCAAAGGCCUCCAGUCACGCACACCCAGCAGCUACGAACCAUGCUGUCGGAGUGAACCUAGGAUGGGACAUGCUUGUCAAUUCUAUGAGUCGCUACAUCAAGAAACCGGAGAAGUCAACCUUCCUGCGAAAGCACGCUGAAGAAGACACGCCAUCCAUCUCAUGGAUGCCACGACGCUGUGAUUGUCUCGUCGCUAGUUUCGACCCUAACGUUCUCCGCUCCACCGGUAUCAAGAUGGUUGCAGACCUGAUUGCUCAUGGCUACACCGCUGAACUCGCCGCCGAUGCGCACUCCAUUGAAGAUAUUCUACGUCGCUACCGCGAUGACAGACAUAGCUGGGUCAUCGUGAUCAAACACGGCGUCGCGCCCGACAAACCCGAACUGAAGGUUAAAUCCAUCGCGAAGAAAGAAGACACAGACCUGCGCAGCACCGACCUCUUGAACUACCUUCGCAACGAACUCCGGGAUCGCGAAGAACGCGAAGGAAGCGCAGCCCGCUUGAUCAAAGCCGCAGCACCAACUCCAGGCAACACCUCCAACGCGUCAAAGGCCAACGUCGACGUUCUAAUAGCUCAACACCGAUCUAAGAAGAGCAAUAAAUGGUCCAUUGUCGAAGCCGCACAAUCGCGAUCCACGGAUCUUCUUUCGGCUUUUCAGUCUGCACCCAUCGCCGCCAUUGAAUCGAAGGAAGAGGUUAUGAAUCUACUCAAAGAAACGCGCCUCAGCGAUCCGGACUCAUGGCGUUACUUCAUACAGAAGAUGCCGCUUGCUGAGAGGAAGUAUCUACAAGAGCUACAUGACCUACUACUGGGCUACAGAGCUAGGUGGGUUGAGAGCAAAAGCGAAGGCGGAGCCAAUGGUGAAGGAGCUGUAGGAAAGGCGUUCGUAUAUAAUUUUCGGACUGGAGGGUGUUUACUUUAUGACUUGGAGAGCUGA